UCCGACCCCGCCCCCACCCUGGGCUGGGCCCGGCCGCACCUCUCCCAGCCGCACGCCUACCUCCCAGGACGCCCUGGGACCCAUGGCAGCGGUGGCAGCCCCCUGGGGGCGGCAGCGGGAAGAGGCCCGCGCGCUCGGCCGGGCGGUGAGGCUGCUGGAACGCUUGGAAGAGCACUUCGGGGACCCCCGGCUUGCCUCCAGUCCCCCCUCGAUGCGGGACCUGCUGCCCCGCACCGCGCAGCUGCUGCGCGAGGUGGCCCAGACCCGGCGGGCGGCCGACGGAGGCGGCCCCGAGGGUCCCGGCGGUGCGCGGGACUUCCUCGUCGUCUACCUUAACAACCUGGAGGCCAAGAGCAGACAGGUGGCGGCACUGCUGGCACCCCAGGGUCGGAGGAGUGCCAAUGACGAGCUCUUCCGGGAGGGCUCCGGACUCAGGCGACAGCUGGCCAAGCUGGCCCUCAUCUUCCGCUACAUGCAUGCGGAACUGAGCGCACUCUUCCCCGGCGGAAAGUACUGUGGACACACGUACCAGCUCGCCACGGCCCCAGCCCACAGCUUCUGGAGGGGGCACUGCGGCGCCCGUUGUGUCCUGACCUGGGCUGAGUUUGAGUCCAUCUUGUGCACCUGCCACCCGGUGGAAUCAGGCUCCACGGGCCUGGCCUUGCGCUCCACCAUCAACCUCACUGGCAGCGGCCACGUGUCCGUCUUCGAGUUUGACAUCUUUACCAGGCUCUUCCAGCCUUGGCCGACACUCCUCAAGAACUGGCAGCUCCUGGCGGUCAACCACCCGGGCUACGUGGCCUUCCUCACAUACGAUGAGGUUCAAGCGCGUCUGCAGGCCUGCAGAGACAAGCCAGGCAGCUACAUCUUCCGGCCCAGCUGCACUCACCUGGGACAAUGGGCCAUUGGAUUCGUGAACUCAGACGGCAGCAUCCUGCAGACCAUUUCUCUCAACAAGCCCCUGUUCCAGACACUCCUGGACGGACAAAGGGAAGGCUUCUUCCUCUACCCAGAUGGGAAGAACCACAACCCAGACCUGACUGAACUCUGCCAGAUGGAGCCCCAUCAGCGCAUCCAUGUGUCGGAGGAGCAGCUGAAGCUGUACUGGGCCAUGGACUCCACGUUUGAGCUCUGCAAGAUCUGUACCGAGAGGGACAAGGACGUGAAAAUCAAGCCAUGUGGACACCUGCUCUGUGGCAGCUGCCUGGCUACCUGGCAGAACUUUGAAAGCCAGACGUGCCCCUUCUGCCGCGGCGAGAUCAAGGGCCAAGAGGCCGUGAGUAUCCAUCAAUUUCAAGAGAAGCCAGAGGAAGCCACAGCCGCUGCCGAGUACCUGAGGUCCAGCAGUGACCAGGAAGAUGGGGAGGAGGAGCUGGGGCAGGUGGUUUCCUCAGCCCCCCCUCAGCUGAAUGUGUCCCCAGCUACAGGCCGGCUGAAAAUGGUGAGUCAGGUGCUGGUCUGGUUCAGCUCCGGGGUCCCUCGGGGGCACCAGGUCCUGCGCUCCCCCUCGGCACCCACUGACCAGGUGCUGGGCGAUCUGGCACCCACCACCUCUGUGCCCUCUUGUUCACUUCCUUACGCCACCCCUCGCCAGCUUUCUGGCUCUCCUUCCAGCAUCCCAGGCAUGUCUCAUCCCAGGGCCUUUGCACCAGCUGUCCCCUCUGCCCGGGCCUCCUGUCCCCCAGGCUUGCCCUCUCUCAUCUCCUCCCCAAGGCGGCCUUCCCCGAUCACCCCCAUUUUAUUGAAAAAAAGCACCCCCACCCCCUGCUGAUUUUCAUAGUUCUUGCCACCACCUGGCAGAAGCGUAUAAUUUUCUGUCACCGUCAGCCGGUGGCCACCCUCCCGAAGGUUAGGACUUCGUCUUCUCCAUUGGAUCUCCAGAGGCUAGAACAGUGCCUGGCACAUAGUAGGUGCUCAGUAAAUGGGCUUUCAAGGAAUCCAAGGAACAGAGCCUUCCCAACAGCCCUGUGAAGUAAACAAAAAAUAAAAGAAAUGCUCCCCUCCUCAUUUUCCAGAGGAGAAAAAGCUCAGAGAGGUGACUGUACCUGUCAAAAUUUCACAGGCUGAUACAAGAGAACCUGGUGUUGGGGGCGGGGGCUGGGGGAGCGGGCGUGGUGCUUAGAAAACCCUACCAUUAUCUGCUGAUCUUGGAAGCAAGCCCCAGCCUUCUUGCUCCUCCCCACCCCCUACUUCCUACCCCAGGAUUUUCCGAGACCCUGGCCUGCUGGGGAGGGGCCCAUCUGUGUUAGGCUGAGUACACAUAAGAUUCAAUCAAUACAGAGGCGUCUUCAAACAAACAGCUCAGGAAGUCCGGGAACAUUAUUUCGACCGCAGCAAACAAGUGAGCCAGCAGGAAGGGGGGUGGCGGUGACACCAGCCAGGGAAGCUAAAAACAGAUCCAGACCUGCAGCCCAAGGCAAAUGGAAACAUUAGGAGGCACUCAGCUGGCUCCCAGAGGACAAUGAGGGGGGACGCGGCCAGGACGGCAGGCUGGGGGGUGGGGGGGUGGGGGCGCCUCCGGCCACGUGGGCACACCUUGGCCCGGGCUGUGCCCUCCGCCUGGCGUGCCCUCUCCUCUUCUCCCCAAACCCUGCCUGAUUCAAAUUCCAGUCAACUCCUACCCCCUUGGUUCUUCAAAACAUGCUGUAAGAGGGAUGGCCCCCAGGGGUCCUGCCUCCCAGCAAAGUGACGGCCAUAAUGAGCAUAGUUAACGUGUUAACGUGUGUCUGAGUUGCUGGGCACCCGGCCCUGUGUUUCGUGUAUU